GAUUUUCUGUGCACCUGACUGCGCCAAGCGCCCCAUGGCACGCGAUUCUCGCCGAUUGUGAGUCGUUUCGCCGGUGGCCCCCAACCCAAGGACAUUUUGGCCCCCAGCCGGCCGUAUACGCAUUUGGCGUUGACCCGCGUCCGCUUUUUUCAUGACCAAAACGGCGGCUGCGAUUCAAACGAAGCUCAAGCGCAAAAACAUUCGAGCAGCGUCAAUCAAUCGAGGCGGUACUUAAUCGGCUUUAGCUAUCCAUAGCCAUGUCGGCGGAGAGGAACAAGAGUGGCGGAGUACGUGGUGCAGCUGGAGAAUCAGAACUGGCAUCUGCGAGUGGAGCAAGUGCAUCCGAGACGGACAAUGUGAGCGCCCUUGAACUGCAGUCCAACAAGCGCAUGCUGUACUUCAGCGACGGCGUCAUGGAGGAGUUGUCCUCGAGCAGCGAGGACGAGGCGGAUGCGGAAACGGGCGAUAAGUGCUACGACGUCCAUUUGAACGAGAGCGAAAUGCCGCUGGGACCACGCCUGCGUUACAAGGCCAGCAGGAUGGGCAACCGAUUCCUGGCCGGUAUUGACUAUGUGGGCGGUGGGCUGGCCCACCUGCUUGGAAUCACCAGCAGCAAGUAUGCCAGCGAAAUGGAGAACUACCAGAGGGCCAAGGAGCACGGCGACGAGGACCUUGACAAUUGGCACCCGCCCAACAACAACAGUAGCGGUAACAACAAUCGCAACGAAACCAUCGUUCUAUGCGAACCAACACGCAGCGAGGCGACCUUGCCACCCACACGGCAGUAGGAGGCGCCCACUGGGCCACCCACUUAACUGCGAGGUGGCGAUUUUCUUGGCAGGAAGACGAAACGAAAUGCUCAUGGAGUACUGGCGACACUUGGAGACUCUUUUACUUGGUAAAACCCAUGCGAAACGAAACGAAUCAAAGCAGAUCAUAACUUUUCGACACUUUAUUCGCUAGCAAAUAAGUUAUACACAUAUGAUAAUAAAAAAAAUACACAUACAAAAUA